GUUAUGACGUUUGACUCAAUGGCUUUAUUAGGUCACGAUAACUUCCUGGUCUGAAUGCAAAACUGAGCUUUAAAAACUUCACCUUUUGUUAGUCGAUGCGCUUUGAUUAAAUUAUUGUCAAACAAGCUGGAGAAAGCGUUUAACCUAGUUAAUAACCUAGCUGGGUUUUCAAAGUGUGGUAUACAGUGUGGAUUGGUUAAUAACCAAUUAGCACAGAUAUUGCAGGAGGUGUGUUGUUCUGGUUUGCGGAAACGUCGCGUGCCAGGGUGCGUGCAUGCGCGCGUGAGAGCCAUGAAGGUGAAGGUGAUCUCCAUCCUGGAGGACAACUACAUGUACCUGGUGAUAGAGGAGCAGAGCAAGCAGGCCAUAGCCGUGGACCCCGCUGUACCUCACCGGCUGCUGGAAAUUGUCAAAAGAGAAGGCCUGUUUCUCAUUGCUGUUCUCACAACGCAUUAUCACUGGGAUCACGCUCGUGGAAAUGAGGCUCUGGUGAAUGAGGUUCCUAACCUCAAGGUUUAUGGGGCGGAUGAUCGGAUCAAGGGGCUCACAGAUAAAGUCACAGACUCUCAGGAACUGAAGUUUAACUCUAUCAAUGUGAAGUGCCUGUUCACUCCUUGCCACACCUCUGGUGAUAUGUGCUACUACAUCUGGGAGGAUGAAUGCACAGACGCGCCCGCUGUGUUCACAGGAGACACAUUGUUUAUUGGUGGAUGUGGGAGGUUUUUGGAGGGCACAGCAGAACAGAUGCACCACAACCUCACCAAAGUGAUUGCUUCCCUACCUCAAGAAACAAAAGUGUUCUGUGGACAUGAGAACACUAUCAAGAACCUAAAGUUUGCACUGCUGGUGGAGCCAGAGAACGAGAAGGUUAAAGAGAUGCUGAGCUGGGCCAGGGCAAGAGAUGAUGACGACAAACCCACUGUACCAUCCACACUAAAGGAGGAGUUUGAUUACAACCCUUUUCUCCGCCUCUCGGAGAAAGCAGUGCAGAAAUUUACUGGGAAGAUGGAGCCGGUAGAGGUGAUGAGAGUCCUGAGAAAGGAAAUGGAUAAAUUUAAGAAGCCCAAGGAAAGACUUCCGCCUCAAGCCAUGCUGGCUUUGCAGUGGGGUUUGCUCAUGAGCUCUAAGGACCAUUUAAGUCCAGCAAUCAAAGACAGUGACUGAAUGUUGUAUCACGCUAAAGACCGUGGCAGCCCUGUAGCUGUCUCUCUUAAAUUAAGAGAUAUUAGUGGGAUUUUAUUUUUGUUAUGAAUCAGCAUUUUUGCACAUUUACCACAAGGUAAAUCCCUAUAAAUCCCUGUUCUACAAAUCCCUGUUUGCUUCUGUGGCUCAUAAUCGGUGGUCAGAUCCAUUCAUCCAAAGCAAUACUAAUAAAUGUGAAGUCUGAAUGUGGAGUAAAUGCCUAAAUGUACAGGAUGAGUUAUUUUUAUAAAUGUUUUUAGACAAUGUUCAGAAGCCCAAAUAUUAGUUCUGAUUUGAUUAUGCAGAACAUUUUAUCGGUAGAAAAGUCUUGACAUUAAAGUGAAAUUUAAUGCAACAAAAAUUACAUAUAAAUAUUAAAACACAAAAAUGUCACAAGGCAAUAGAAUAUUUACUGUGAACUUAGCAUGGGCUGAUGAGAUUCAUGCUAUAUGAUAUCGGUUCAUAGUAUUCUGAUGCAAAUAUUUAAAACAGUUCGAAUUGCUUUUAUUUAAUGCAAAUAAAAAAUUCCUAUUGCUUUAUCCACGUGGGCCGAAAUCGUCAAGUUAGAAGUACUCAAAAGUUUUUUUUUUAAGCUGCAGAGGUAAAGUCAUUGUGAAUUGCUUUUUGUUCUGCCUGCAGCUAAACAUGCCAUGUUUGAAUAAAAUGAACAAAGUAG